UGUAGUGCAACCAAAUGUAUUACAAUAGUUAUGCCCUAAAAAUAUAUUAAAAAGUGCAUAAGACAUCACGAUGCCUCUUCGUCUACCCCUCCCAGACUAUGCAGGGCAGCGACUGCAUCCUGGAGGCGGUGGAGCAGCAGGACCUGGACACUGUGCAGAUCCUGCUGUACCAGUACACGGCCGACGAGCUGGACCUCAACACCCCCAACAGCCAGGGCCUGACCUCCCUGGACAUCGCCAUCAUGACCAACAACACCCCCAUCGCCAAGCUCCUGCUGAAGGCCGGCGGCAAGGAGAGCCCCCACUUUGUGAGCGUGGAGAGCCGCGAGGCCCACCUGAGCUCCCUGGUGGUGGAGGCGGAGCGGAGGGCAGACGAGCUGGCCAUGCAGGCCCAGAAGGAGGGCCUGUCCCUGGACGCCUGCCACAAGGACAAGCAGCUCCGCGCCUGGGAGUGGAGGAGCAAGCUGUACAAGCGCAUGCGCACAGGCUUCCAGCACGCACGUGCCCCGGAGACCCCGUCUCUGGUUCGGCUGAACGUGAGCAGCAGUACCUCGCUGACCGUCACCUUCCAGGAACCCCAGUGUCUCAACUCCACCGUGGUGACCAAGUACAGAGUUGAGUGGAGCUGUCUGAAAGAUUUCUCUCUUCUGGCUGGAGAGAUGGUGUUGGACAACCUGCAGACUUUGAAGUGCAUCAUCAACGGCCUGACGACGGGGCGGUUGUACUAUGUCCGGGUCUCUGCGUACAACAUGAAGGGCUGGGGCCCCACGGCACCUUCCCUUCCUCCAUCUGCUGCACCCUCCAACUGGCGGGACGGGGACGGAACAGAGCCCAGGAGGCGGGGCCAAGUCGAGGCCAUGGAGCGUCUGCUCCAGCAGGUCCGGGCCACACACACACACUACUGCUGCGGAGACUCCUCCAAGCUUCAGAACCCGAGCAGGAAGCAGUCCGUCUCAAGGAGUCUCAAACACCUCUUCAACUCUUCCAACAAGUUUGUGAAAACAUUGAAAAGGGGGAUCUACCUGGCUGCUGUGUUCUAUCACAAAGACAGUCUGCUGGUGACGGCUGAGGACCAGAUACCCAUCGUGGAAGUGGAUGAUUCCUAUAGCAGCUCCCUCAUGCAAGAUUUCCUCUGGUUUACCAAGCUGUCGUGUAUGUGGGAGGACGUGCGCUGGCUGAGACAGAGCAUGUCCGUCUCCAUGUCGUCCUCCUCCACCCUGCAGGCCCGACACAAGAUGCUCACCGCCGCCGGGCAGCUGCAGAACCUCCUGGGAACUCACAACCUGGGCCGGGUGCACUACGAGCCCAUCAAGGAUCGCCACGGCAACGUGCUGCUGGUGACGGUGCGCGACAUGGAGAGCCAGUACUCGUUCUUCAGCGGGAAGUGGAUGCAGGUGACCAAGCUGCAGAGCCAGAGGAAGUCCCUGUCCACGCCGGAGGAGCCCUACGCCCUGGACAUCCUCAUCAUCACCAUACAGGACAUCCUGUGGUACCAGCGGCGCAGCGCCCACCGGCUCUCCCCGGGCCUGUACCUGGGCUACCUGAAGCUCAGCAGCUCCGUGGACCAGAUCAAGGUGCUGGUGUCCCAGCGGUCGCCCAACAUGCUCUGUCACGUGCGCGUCCGGGAGAACGCCAACGUCUCCAGGGAAGAAUGGGAUUGGCUCCAGAACCAGUCUGUCACAGAGGAGGCAGAGAAGGAGGAGAAGACGGAGGUGGAGGGUCAAGGGGCGGAGGCUGAGGACGAGGGGGCGGGGCCCAGGAUAGAUGGCCACACCCCUUUGCUGUACUACGAACUGCAGACGGCCCUAAAGUCCCUGCUGAAGGUGAUCAACCUACCUCUGCUCCAGGCGAAGCAGUUCCGUGUGUACGGCCAGGAGGUGCUGGAGCUGGGCCACGGGGUCUCCUUCCUGCUGCUGCUGCCCUCGUCGGACGACGUGUGCACCGCCCCGGGACAGGCCAACGCCUACACCCCCCACUCCGGCUUCCUGCACCUCCCGCUGCAGAUGUUCGAACUAGUCCACUUCUGGGCCUACAAGGAGAAAUUCAUCAGCCUGUACUGUCGCUUAUCCUCCGUGCUGGACCUGGACGCCCUCAUUACCCAGCAGGCAUUGCGGGAGGCCAUUACCGACGUGGAGGUGUCCGGAGCCAAACAGAGGCACCAGCUCAUCCUGGACUACAUACAGCAACUGGACGAGAUGUGGCGGGACCUGCGGUGGAUCACGGAUGCGCUGCAGUACGCCCGCUACAAGCACCCGCGCGGCGGCGUGCCCAUCACCUGCCUGGUGAGCGCCACCCGGACAGAGAGCGACCCUCAGGACCCCAAGACGGACUCCACCUCCUCCACCAUGGACUACCUGCCCACCCCGUCGCCCUCGCCCGAACUCCGCCGGCGCACCGCCGCCAACGACACGGCGCUGGGCUCUGAUGACGACGGCUCCUCGGAGGUGUUCCUGCCCACCGACAGCGACUACGACUCCAGUGACGCCCUGAGCCCCCGGGACAUGGACCUGCUGUACUCCUCGGCCCAGGACCUCUCCACCCAGGCCCUGCACUCACUGGGGGGCAGCGCCCCCGACGUGCUCCAGAUCCAUGAGAUCAGAUUCUCCAAAGACAUGCCCCUCUCUCUCCCCCUCUCCCCCUCCCCGGUGGACGCCGCCGCAAAGACCCUGGAGACCCUCUCCCUGUCCCCCGGCGACCCGGACCCCCGGCCCCCCGCCACGCCCCUCCGCGCCCUGGCCAACCCCCCCAGCAAGCGCAAGCUGCUCUCCCGGAGCCACAGGGGCCAAUACUUCAGCGGGCCCCAGCGCUGGCUCAGGGGCCACGGCGGCGGCGGCGAGGGCUACACGGGCUCCCUGUCGGAGGGCGUGUACACCCGGCAGAGGAACCCGGACCUCCCCGGCCCCGGGGAGCUGGCGUCCCCUCAGGGGCCCCCCUUCGUCAGCCAGUCGUCCUGCCUGCUACUGGAGAGCCGGCGGGGCCGCCACAGGGACCAGCGGCCCCACGUGCGCCGCAUCUUCGUGGAGCCCUGCAAGGAGGCGUCCCCCGGGCACGAGACGACAGGCCUGCACCCCCCGGCCUUUGGCGCGUGUCCUUCGGAACAUCCACGGGCGCACAGCCCUCCUCUCCCCCUCCGCUGGUACACAUCCAACCGCACCCCCCCCCCAACCGCCCCGGGCCCCACCCGGCAGCCGCUCAAGGUCGGUGGGCUUUCUCUCCAGGCUGGGGCCCCCCUGGGCAGCAUCAGCAGUAGCAGCUAA